AAAAGGUUAUUAUUUAUAUUUUAUUUUCUUUAUUCAUUUAAUUUCUAACAAGGACCUUAUUUUCAUAAUGUUUCACGGUGUGUCUCAACGAAACCGCCCCUCACAACAUGGCAACGACAUCGACGCACACACGGACUCUCGGUGUUUUCAUCCAUGUACGUAGUAGUUGUUUUCUCCCAGUUAAUGCAUAUGUACCAUUUUAGAUAAAUCUAGAAGCCUAUGUGGAGUUUAAUCGACUAACCAGUCUGCAUCGUUGUUUAUUUGACUGGUCACCAUUGGGAUUUUUCUUAAUAAUGCCAGCUCUGUUGAUAGAGCGCCACUGCUCAUGAGCUCUGCAUGCGUCAUCCCAGCGCAGGAUCCUCACAUGUUACUCUCUCUCUCACAUUAAUGACAGCCGCUCCUCGCUCCAGCCAGUCUCAUUGACGUCAAUGAGCUUACGACCUGAACGCCCGACGUGGCCAGUGGGCGGAGGUAAGCUCCAUCCACACCCCUCCAGACUCGUUAUUGGUUGAAAUAGCAAGUUUCGCCAGACUCCAGAGGCGGGCGCCUGCGCGUUGCGCCAUUCCUAUUAGUCUACGUUUACGUCAUUGAUUUAUAAAUGACACUCAACCCAAAGGAGCCAAAUCAAAGCUCCACAAACAGAGCUGCACCAGUGUGUCGGCGCCUGCUGCGGUUUCUGCUCUAUUUAAUAAACAGUGGAGGACCAGGGAGAGAUGGACUAAAUCUUCAGAAUAAAGCCUGUGUAAAUCGUGCGUCUGCCACCUCUACCACCUCUCUCUGGAUGGAUACCAGAUCUGCCUCCGCUUCUCCCUCUGUAGUGGCCAGUCCUUCCUCCUUGUGGCGUCUGGCCGAGAGGAGGAACAGGAAGUCUGGCUCAGGAAACAUUUUCAGCACCGUGAACCUGUGGCAGCUCCAGAGGUUGUUUAGGGCAGCUGGAGAUGAGGAUGCUGAGCAGAGGGCCCAACUCGUCUGGGGACGCAGAGACGAGGCUGAACUCGCUCAGGCCUUGAUAGCGCUUCGGAGUCGAGGUCACCGCAGAGCGCUGAGGACCAAUGGGAGAGAUGCGAUGGGCUCGCACUGGCUGCGAGCCUUCAGUCACCUCAGGAUUGGAGAGACCUCUCCGAGAAGACAGGGAAAAGACACUGGCGAGGACAGGGAUUUUAGAGCCGAGACAAAGAGAAGUCCGGAGUCCUACAGACACUCCUCAUUUGAAGCGACUUCAGGAGAGAUUGGUGCAGAAUCAGUGCUAACUGAGAUACAAAACCCUAAUGGAAACUUUGACAGAGCGACUACAACCAGCUCAAGAGUGAGGAGGACAGGAGAAAGCAAUCCAGAGAGAUACUUGCACCGAAUACUUCACUGAGAAACAAAGAACAGGAAAAAGUCCAGGACAGGACAAGGAUGUGUAUGUUUGGCCUUUCUUUUGCUGCUCUCUCUCACUGAACUACCAGCUGUUGGAAAUGCAGUUGCACUAGAUUAAACCACAAACUGAUUCAAAACAUCUCACAGCUUUAAAUAGUGGUUGUUGCCCAGAAACUAGCUUAUCUUUGUUCUUAAAUUCAUAUUACUAGUAACACUAAGAUAAAAUUUGUUUGAUUUUCAUUGUCUACCAUUGUCUGCUUAUCACAACACAAUGUAAUAGAAGGCCUAAUUAUACCACAUUACCAUAAUAUUUCCUUUUCUACUUUGGUACAAGAAUAUUUGUAGUUUUCAGAAAGCACAACUAUAAACACUACAAAGAGAUCCCUUUUUUUUUUAAUAUAAUUUAUUGGUAUUGUCUCUUAUGUUAAUGCAAUGUUUUCAUAAAUCUUUUUUCUUUUUAUUUUGAAACAAAUAAUUUCCAAAUCAAGCAAAACACUCCUACAUUUUAACCUCACACUUGCUUUCAGUUAGCUAUUCUGGGUUCUUUUUCUGAGUAUUUGAACCUCAUAGUUCACAUUGUUCCUAACUGAAAGGGAAUUUAAAACUGAACUUUUGAAAUGUUUAAACAAAUUUAAAACUUGGAUUCAAAAGAUAGCAUGUUUUACAAAGCUACAUUAUCGUCUGGCUGCCUUACUUGUUAUAGUGCUCUCUGUUAAAUUAAAGGGACUUGUAUCAAUAUAUUUUUGUCAAGGAGUACAAUAGCUACGACUAACACAUAGUUUCAUAUGAAAUACCAAAUGGCACUUCAUUUGAGCUGGUCAGAUUUGCGGCUAAUUUCUAAAGGCAAGGAGGUCAAAGUAAAAAAACAAACAAAAAAACAACAAAAAACAAUAGAAAUAUUUUUUUAAGAGCAGUCCUUCACUUGAUAUCAAUAGUUCUGAAAAUUGUGAAGCUUUACAUCAACUCCAGGCUCAGGUAAUAAAAGGAAAAGGAAAUCACUUGACAGACUUUAUUUUUGGGAGGUAACCACUGAGGUAAAAACUUAAUUUGCCCCAAAAAUAUACACAUAUUUUUUUAGCUUGAUAAAUCAUACAGUACAUUAGUUUGUACCUUUGAUAUCUAUUUAUAACUCAGAAUGGUCUUUUUUUUUUUCAACAAUAAGCAAAUUGUCAAAUAAACCUUUAGAGGUUCUAUGCUAAAUAUCACAGUAAAGGUUAUAAUGUGGGGGGAUUUAUUCUAUUCUAAAAACUAACCUCUGAUAGUGAAAUUUCUGUUAUGCUGAAUAGAGUGUGUUAUAAUCAACAGCUGGCCUAAUGAGAACAUGUGCUGUAGUUGAUAAAGUAGAGACAUCUUGACCUAAAAAAUGUGCAUUAUAAUAAAAGGUUUUUCUUAUGAAUAACGACAUUUAUUCAUUUAUUUAUUGUAUUUUA